AUGAGUCAAGGUUUUGGCGACAAGCCCAAUAGUUUCGGAAGCUCAACCGGAUUUGGUGGAGGCUUUGGAAAGCCAUCGGGUUUUGGAGCCAACGCGGGUGAAAAUAACCGAUCGGGCUCAUUUGGAAAGCCAGCGGAAUCUGGAUUUGGUGCGACUAAAACGUCUGCAUUCGGUGGAAAUGCGAAUUCGUCCGGAUUUGGAGAAAAAUCGGGCAGCUUCGGCAGUGGCUCGCGAAGCUUUGGUGGAAAUCGUGAUGAAAAUCAAAGCGGAAAAUUCGGCGAUGGUUCGAGAGGCUUUGGUGGAAAUCGUGAUGAAAAUCAAAGCGGAAAAUUCGGCGAUGGUUCGAGAGGCUUUGGUGGAAAUCGUGAAGAAAACCAUAGCGGUGGGUUCGGUGGUGGUUCGAGAGGCUUCGGUGGAAAUCGGGAGAACAAUCAGAUCAGUGGAUUUGGUGGAAACUCGAGAGGCUUCGGUGGAAACUGCGAACAAAAUCAAAAUGCAGUUGGCGAUGGCUUUGGCAGAAACUCGAGAGGUUUCGGUGGAGAUGAGACGCAGCAGAGCGGCUUCGGAGAAAGAUCUAAAGGUUUCGGUGGUGGUAGCCAAGGAUUUGGAGGAGGUAGCCAAGGAUUUGGAGGAAGUAGCCAAGGGUUCGGCGGAAGAAACGAAGGAUUCAGAGAUUCGAAUCCGAAAUCUGGACUUUGCUUCAAUUGCCAACAACCAGGACAUAAUUCGAAAGACUGCCCGGAAGAAAGGAGAGGUGGUGGUGGUGGCAACAGAAAUUGUUUCAAUUGCAAUCAACCGGGACAUACUUCGCACGAUUGCCCUGAACCAAGAAAACCAAGAGAUGGUGGAGGUUGCUACAAUUGCCAGGAAGUUGGUCAUAACUUUCACGACUGCCCACAACCAAGAAAACCGCGCGAUUUUGGAAACUCAAGUCGUGGAUUUGGGAAUGACACAACUUUCAGACACAAUAAUGAGCGAUCUGGAGACACCUUUGGAAGUUCUGCAGGUGGUUUUGGUGCUGAUGGUGCUGGAGGUGGUCGCGUUUGUUUCAACUGCGGUGAAGAAGGUCAUCGAUCAGCUGAAUGCACCCAGCCGCGACCAGAGAAAAAACCUAUGGCUACUCAUGUGCCAGAAGAAGAAAAAGUUGAAGACGUUUUCGAGUUGCAAAAGAUUGAGGAAGGAAACAUGUUUAAUAAGUUCUUCGAUACGAAUGUUACGAUUACGCGAGGCGGUAAAAGUGGAAAUGCUUCGCAAUGCAAGAGUUUCGAAGAAGCUGGAUUGCCCGAGAGAAUUUUGCGUAACGUUAAGCAAGCUGGCUAUUCUAAAACGACUCCGAUUCAACAAUAUGCUCUUCCACUCAUUAUGGAAGGAUCAGAUAUUAUGGCAUGUGCUCAAACUGGAUCGGGAAAAACCGCUGCAUUCCUUCUUCCUAUCAUGACUAAAUUGUUGGAAAAUCAAGAUUUGAACACUGCUGGAGAAGCUGGAUGCUACCCAAGAUGCAUCAUUCUCACUCCAACUCGCGAAUUAGCUCUCCAAAUUUAUAAUGAGGGUCGUAAAUUCGCUUACCAAACCAUGCUUGAAAUCAAGCCAGUUUAUGGAGGAGUUCAAGUAUCGCAUAGUAUGCGUCAAUUAGAAUCAGGCGCUACAAUCAUUGUCGGAACUGUCGGAAGAAUGCAAGACUUUAUUGGAAAAGGCUUCAUCAGCUUACAAAAAGUGAAAUAUGUAGUUCUUGAUGAAGCCGAUAGAAUGCUUGAUGUACUGGGAUUCGGUGAUAAUAUUGAGAAAAUUCUUCAAUCCCCUGGGAUGGCGCAGAAAGAAGAUCGCCAAACUCUUAUGUUUAGUGCAACUUAUCCUGAUUGUGUUCAAACCGCAGCUCGGUCGUUUUUGCGAAACGAUUACGCCAUGAUUACGAUUGACAAAAUUGGAUCUGCGAACAAAUGUGUUGUUCAAGAGUUUGAACGACUGGAGAAACCUGAUAAGAAGGAGAAGCUUUUGGAAUUACUCGGUGUCGAUAUCGAAAACUACACAACGACUAAAGAUGCAGAAGUGUAUAAGAAAAAAACAAUUGUUUUCGUUGCGCAACGCGCAAUGGCAGAUACUCUGGCCUCAAUUUUGUCGGGAGCUCAAAUUCCAGCAAUCACUACGCAUGGUGCACGUGAACAAAGAGAGCGUGAAGAGGCAAUGAGAAUGUUCAGGAACGGUUCGAAGCCUGUUCUUAUUGCAACAGCCGUUGCUGAACGCGGUUUGGAUAUCAAAGGGGUUGAUCAUGUUAUUAAUUAUGAUCUUCCGCGAAGCAUUGAUGACUAUAUUCAUCGUAUUGGAAGAACGGGACGUGUUGGAAAUGCCGGAAGAGCAACAUCAUUUGUAACCGAGGAUGAUACUGAGCUGAUUCCGCACCUGGUGCAAGUUCUUGCCGACGCCGAGCAAAUCGUACCAGAGUUCAUGCAAAAUGUCGCGGGUAAUUAUGGAGCUUCUGGAUUCGGAUCGUGCAUAGCGCAAGAAGAGGAAGAACAACCGUGGUAG